AUGGCCGACCGAGCUGCCAUCGAGGCUCCUUUUACUUUGGCCUCUCUGCCCAAACCCUUUGAUCCCACUGUUGGCACCACCUACGCCGCCCCGGUUUUCGGUCUUCGCGCUCAAAAAUGGAGAAAGCGUCCUGAAAUUGUCGCAAGUGUCGACGGAGACAGCAUCACAAUCUACAAUACCCGUCUGCUUUGCGCGCCUUGCUCUAUCUACCGUAAGAUCACUGGUCGCAAAGCCGCCCAAAGAGUUACAUAUGCAGUUCUUGGUCACACCACUGGCAAGAAGACAGAGGUCAUCUGCUUCACCGAAGACACCAUCGCCGACUCGACCGACCUUUCUGCCGAUCAGCAAGUCAAGACAAGCUACCAGCUGCCCUCUUCGACAAGCUCCGUUUUCGCCAUCAAUGCUCUAGCCUCGCACUCGGACAACGAAACUCUCGGCCUUGCUCUGGAUAUUGCUGUCACAUACACCGAUGGAAGUGUUGAAUGCAUCGCUGGUGAUCUCCAGGAGAAGAGAUGGGACGCAGAUGCCGCUCGCGCUAUCGCUCUGGCUGAGUCGGAAGCCACACCAUCGUCUGUCAAGGUCGAAUAUGCCACUAUCACCGAUGUGACCUCAGCAAGGAAGGGUCUGCUCAAAAGCAGAGAGGACGCUCUGGCUUUGAUUGGAGGUGCCGUCAGCCUCGAUAACUCGACUGAACUUAACAUGCCCCUCCUCGCCAUGGUUACUGUCGACGACCAAAACACUCGCCGCUUCAACCUCUUUUCUCUGCCUUCGAGAUCCAAGGAUAUGAUUAGCAGCGCCCACCAAGUUCUUCGUUACUUGUUCAGCUACGAGCUGCCCGCAUCCUCUUCUUCUGACAGAGCCACCUUCUCUCUUCAGUCGUCAGCUGGAAAGUUGCACCAACUGCUUUGCGGUAUCAUCACUACCUAUGAUCUCUCUGGCACUAAUCCCUGUGUUCUUUCCACCCUCACUCCUCACACUCAAGCCCACCGAAGCUUUGUUCGCAUCUCGGCUGCUCUGGUCCUUGCUGCCGAAUCCACCUCAUGCGCUAUCUACGACACAAAAUACAACUCCUUGCAAGCCGCCCUUUCCCUUGAAUCCGACCCUCUUGAAUCCGCUGGCGACAAGAGAAAGAGGACGGAUGGUGCUACCGAGGGCUCUCUUAACUUUAUCACUUUCUUCUCGGAUCUUAACAUGGCUGUCGCAAUCUCUGGACAUGCUCUCGUCGGCCUGCAGAUCAACUUGUCCGCAACCGCCUACAAGAAAUCGAAAGCUAACACCAGUCUGCUGAUCAACUCUCUCGGCAAAGGAUCCAAGAAAGCUCUUGUUGCUGCUCCUAACUCUGAAGUGUCUUCUCAGGAGUGGGAGAGCUGGAAAGAGACAGUUGACUCACUGGUCGAAUCUGACGUAGCUGCCCUGGAACGUUUCCUUGCAGCCGAACUUGAGUUGUCCUCGGUCCCUAAGCAACAGAAGUCAGCUGCGCAGGAUACUGAGGAGCAGGAUGGCGAGGACAACAGAAUGUGGCCUGUAAGAGAUUCAAGAUUCCUCGUCCAGAAGACCGAGAGACGCAAAGCAGUUUACCUUCUGAGCAAAAUGUUCGCCUGGAACCAAAGCACAAACGAGGACCAGAGCUCUAUCUCUAUGAACUUUUUCGCAGCGAACAUCUUCAGGUGGCUUGCUAUCACUGGCUACAUCUCUGCCAUGGCAGUCGAGAGAGCAUUGCGUGAGACCGGCGCCAUCCAGUCGACUGCUCAGAGAGUUCACCCUGGCGACAUUAUGAAGGCAGUCAACGAGCUUGACCCAGAGAUGCAUGUCAUGCAUGAAUGGCUGAGCUGGCCUGUCUACCUGGAAAUCGAAGAAGUCAUUGUGGCUCUUGCUUCCCUCGUGAAGUCUCUACAAGGGCCAAGUCCUGCUGCAGUGGCCAAGCUUAUCACUAGCAAAAGUGAAGAGUCUGGCAAUGAGCUUGAAACUACAAUUCAGGCGGAGACUGAUGCUGCAGAAGCCGAUCUUGAGUUUGCUCUGUCAGCCCUGGAUACCGGUCUCAGUGUACGAAGCGCUUCAUUCCGUACUGUUUUCACUCGCCUCCAUUCCUUCCCUUCGCGCAGCAUUGUCGAGAGGCUCCGCACUCACCUUGCGCCCCGCGAGGUUGUGUUCUUUAUCCAGAUCCUCCGUAUCGAGCUUGCAGAUGGUGGUUGGACAUCUAAGUACACCGAAGAUGAGAUUGCGCCUAGACCCGACGACGCGGGAUCGCCCAGUGAUCACUCGAUCGCCAUUAUUAGCAACCUACUCAACUGUGCUAUCGACGCUAUUGGCACAUCGGGCUGGCUUGUAGGACUCAGCGGAGAUCCAGAGCUCCAAACAGACAACAUGCUCGAGACUCUCGUCGCCGAGACCAGUGCUGCACUUGAGACUUGUAUUGAGGCAUGCAGCUUCGGAGUCUUCUUGAACGACUUCGAGCGCUUCAGCAACACCGUCCAAGCUUCUCAGAAGCAGAUGACGAUCAAGAAGGUUGAUCCUAUCAAGACGCCUGGUUUCGAAGAGACUCCUCUCGCCGUCGACCCUGUCCUUCCUCUUGGUUACAAGGCCCAAGGACCCGCCAGCAAGUUGCGUAUGACAAGCACUGGUCAGGUCGAGAAGAGCAGGGGUCUUCGCGGCAAGGAGUUGUCGAUGCGUGUUGGCAAGUACUCUCUAGACAGGAUUGUCGUUUAA